ACGCUGAUCAAGAAUUAAAGAUAUGAGCGAUAAAAUUGAUAAGCGAUCAUAUAAAAAGCGUGUGUAGAAAUUAAGAGCAUUGAGUACUUUCUCUGGACUCUGCUGGUACAAUCAACACGAUGAAAUUCACGAUCCUCAUUUGCUUGCUGGGGUUGGCAUUAGUAUCGGCUAACUAUGGCAACGGUAUUGACAAUGGAUCGCAAAUACCGACUGAACCGCCUCAUCAACUCGGCCAGUGUCCAGCCUACGAUGAUCCCAAUCAUAUCGUGAUGUUUGCCUAUCCCAACGACUGCCGCAAGUACUACACCUGCAUGAAAGGCCUCGCUUAUCUGAAUCAGUGUCCUGAUAACUAUUAUUGGAGCCAGCUAACCUAUCGCUGUGACUACAAGCAGUACUCCAACUGCGGAACUACAGAUUUUCCAGACAAUAGUCAGGCUGUUCGGUAUAGCGCAUAUCCGGGAGAUUGCACCCGCUAUUAUGAGACGCGUACUCUACGCUGUCCCAACAACUAUCAUUGGAAUGAGCACCAUGAGCGCUGCGAUCUGCCACAAUUUGCGGGCUGUACUGAAUACCCUGCAACCUUGCCACCAGGUAGCUCGCCUGCUCCUGUGGUGCCAACUGCUGUUACGGCGCCGCCAACAUCCCAGCCAACAACGCAACCGGACACACCUUAUGACCCGGAAUAUCUCUGCAAAAAUUCCGGUAAUAUGCCAUAUCUGCCAUAUCCUGGAGAUUGCCAAAAGUUUAUCUACUGCGGCCCAACUCCAUCUGUGCUCACAUGUCCCUCCGGCUUGUACUGGAAUCGCAAUACACAGUCUUGUGGCUCAACCAACAUGGGCUGUACGAAGUAGGAUCCUUUUAUCGCCUUUGCAGACAUAUCGAGAAAAUUGUUUCUAUUGUAAAUCUACCAAGUAUUUGGUCAUCAAAUCGUAAUCACUUUAUUGAUCAAUCAAAUCAAUUCAUUUUAUUUUCUACGCAAUUAAAUCAGACUAACUUUC